AUUUCAGCGAUCCAUCCACACACCUGUGGCGGUUUUGAACGAACAAGGAGUGACCGACCCAGUUAUUGGUGUGACCACUAUUGCGCAAAAUUAUUUCACGUUCAUAGCUGCGACCAGCCUAUUUUACACACCUGUAUUUUAAAAGUAGUUUUUCGUUUGGAAAUGUCCGGCUCUGUUGAUAAACAGUGGGCACAGGAAGAGGACACGUUUGUGUCAAAUGUUUAUGUUCUGUAGACUUUACCGUGCGUCGUAUCGUUUAUCUCAGACUGACCCCAAGACUGCAUGUAAGAUUUGAAAAAUGCCUGCAGUCUCUAAUCCAACCGACAAUGUGCCAAACGAAGACAAAAAAAAACGUUCGGUGACGCUGAGUACGAAGCCAGGAAUCAAAUCCAACUCUUCAAAAAAAUCAGAUGGAAACGAUGGGACCACUGGAAACGAUGGAAACUCAGACGUGUCUCAGAAGAACCCCUUCGCUCUUCCUAGGGAGGAUGUCUUCCAGCUCAGGAGGAAGCAGAAGAAGACAAGGAUGGAGGAGCGUGAUCAGCAGAAGGAUAUGAGGGUGCACCAGCGCUUCACACACCUGGGGAGGCUCCAGGAGAAACGGGGCGAGUUCCGGAAACAGCUGAAGGACUGGGAGGGCGGCACCAACACCAACCCCGCCUCAAAGACCUCGCUCAAGAACGACCCGUCCUGGAGGAAGGCAGCCGGCCAAGAACAAACAGACAAAGACACAAUCCACGAGUACAUCAACAAGAAGAGGGAUAUGUUCUUCAUCGAGUACUCUCUGGCGGUGAAGCAGGAAGUGAUCACCAACCUGAGUGAGAUCGCGCGUGCGGAGGAGACCCGUCUGGAGCGCUCCCUGCAGUACCUGGACGAGGACGCCGCCAUGUUUGACGAGUUCCUUAAGGAGAACGACAAGAGCUCUGUGGAGGCCAUUAAAAUUGCUGAACAGGAAACCAAAGCAAAGCUGGAGAAAAUAGCAGAAAUCAAAAAGAUUACGGGCAAGAUUGUGGCCGUGAAAAGUGACAUCUCCAAGUUUGAGGACAUCCUGAAGGAGUACACCAACUACAACGACUUCCUGUUGAAGCUGUCGCCGCCCGAGUGGCAGGAGAAGCAGAAGAGGCGUCGAGAGAUGGCCCAGAAGAUACGCCAGGACGUCGCCAGGAGACGGCUGCAGGAGGCCAACGCCACCGCCGCCAAACUAGUGCAGCCACAACCUCCACAACCUCCACACCCUCCACAAACCAGACAUCGAAACAGCGUCACUAGAGAGCUGCCCCCGGUGAUGGAUCCAAGGAGCCAUCGCAGGUCACAGGUCACGCCCAUUCCCAAGGAGAUGAAGACGAAAGGACCGCCAUCUCCUCCUGCUGAAGAUUUCUCUAACUAUGACCUCUCAGAGUUUGAGGACCCUCAGCUGUUCUUCUCGGACCCGCAGCAGCUGCUGGACCUGCUGACGGAGCUGGAGAAGCAGAACCUGAACCUGAUCCAGAACUCGCAGGACACGGAGGAGACCCUGGAGGAGUUCCGCAUCACCAUGAUCAACACACGCAAGAAGAUGGAGAAGGAGACGGAGCAGUUGGCUCAGCACGUGGAGAUCAUCAGCCACCAGAUCGAGAGGGAGAGCGAGAGGGCAGCAGAGCUGGAGCUGAAGGCUCGACUCUUCUCCUUUGGGGAGUACAAGGCCGACCACCAGGACCGCAUGCUGGACACACUGGGCAAGAAGGUGGAGGAGGUGUACCGGCUGUGUGUGGGUGAGACGGAGGCCAACCUGACCACGCUGCAGAUGCUGACGAGCAUCGAGGGCCGUCUGGACGAGCUGCUGGAGUACCUGGAGAUGGUGCCCCGCGAACGCCUGGUCACCGUGGAGCGGGUUCGCGAGAAGGAGCGCAGAAUCAGGCAAAGGGAGGAGAAGGCUAACCUGCAGAAGAAGCAGCAGGAGGAACGGCUGCGGAAGGCGCUGGAGAGAGCGCAGGCUGACAUCAAGAAAGCCAAUGGCAGGAAACUCAUGCCACGCUCGCAGCCGCCCACACACGAAAGCCAAGACAAUAUAGAGGACGAAGUCAACGAUGUGGAGAACGAGAGGCAUCAGUACUUUUUCACCUAGCGCUGCUAGACUGCAUACAUAUCCUUUAGCUUCAAGAGGUCAGGCUCUGCUUGACAAAAAGUGAAAAAAAUAAAUGAAAGAUCAUGUGAACACA